AUAAUAAUAAGACGAAACGGCUUCUUCAUCAAUCAAUCAUUUCUCAUCAUCCAACAACAACAUCUCCCACACUGGUUUUGUAAAUUCUCUCCGGUAAGAGGCGAACGAAGAUGAACGAUGCUGAAGUUACCAACCAGAUCCACCAGAUGGUCUGCUUCAUCCGCCAAGAAGCUGAGGAAAAGGCCAAUGAGAUCUCUCUCUCCGCCGAAGAAGAGUUCAACAUUGAGAAGUUGCAGCUAGUUGAAGCAGAGAAGAAGAAGAUAAGACAAGAGUAUGAGAAGAAGGAGAAACAGGUUGAUGUCAGAAAAAAGAUUGAUUACUCAAUGCAACUGAAUGCGUCGAGGAUCAAGGUUCUACAAGCUCAAGAUGACAUUGUCAAUGCAAUGAAAGAAGAGGCAGCUAAGGAACUCUUGAAAGUUAGCCAACAUGGCUUUUUCAACCAUCAUCACCAUCAGUAUAAACAUCUCUUGAAAGAUCUCAUUGUUCAGUGUUUGCUUAGAUUGAAAGAGCCUGCAGUGUUACUGCGUUGCCGUGAAGAAGAUCUUCACAUGGUUGAGUCAAUGCUGGAUGAUGCGAGUGAGGAAUAUUGUGAGAAAGCAAAGGUUCAUGCUCCUGAGAUCAUUGUCGACAAGGAUGUUUACCUUCCUCCUGCUCCUUCAGAUGAUGACCCUCAUGCUCUUUCCUGCGCAGGAGGAGUGGUACUGGCUUCUCGUGAUGGGAAAAUCGUGUGUGAAAACACGCUUGAUGCGAGGUUGGAGGUUGCCUUCCGCAAGAAACUUCCCGAGAUCCGAAAGUCGCUCAUUGGUGCAGCUUGAUGAAUGAUGAUGACUCCUCCAACCUUAUCCAACCAAAUGGCUACAUUCAUCCAUUUCUUUCUAUUGUCACCAUUAUUUUUUGAAAUUAUGUGUAAUGAAUGUUGUUGAUGGGCAUUGGACUUUCGUUUGUUAAAUUGUUUUUCAACAUAUGUUUGGUUUGGUGAUGCAAUAAUAAAGAGCAAUUAAACUCCUUAGA